AAAAACACAAAGGCAAACCAGUGUCCCUAGGAACUUGCAGAAGCUGCAAGCUGUGCUCCGUGAAACCAUGGCCACUCGUCUGUUUGAGGACAGGGCUCACGCUGCUUUUUAUCAGAAAUACAGGUUUUCCCCGCAGGAGAACCUACAGGGCGUGAUCUUCUCGUACCUGGAAAAAAAGAGAGUGAGCCCCGGGCAGCUGGCAGUGGACGUGGGUUGUGGCUCGGGCCAAAGCACUCGGAUGCUGGCAAAACAUUUUGAGAAGGUGGUCGGGACAGACAUCAGUGAAGCUCAGAUCGAGGAGGCCAGGAGAGUUCCACAACCGCCCAAUGUCUCUUAUCUGGUGUGCCCUGCCGAAGACCUCCCUUUCGAAGACAGCUCUGUGGACCUGGUCACGGCGUUCGCGGCCGUCCACUGGUUUGACGGGCCUCGCUUUCUGAGGGAAGUGGAACGAGUUCUCAAGCCGUCAGGCUGUGUGGUCUUCAGCUCCUACAACUCGGACAUGCAGUUGUGUUACAAAGACUGUACAGACGAGUUAACUGAGAUCUUCAGAGAGACCCAAGACCAGCUUUUCACCUUUAGGAAUGAAAAGAUCAAAUUAGUUGAGAAUGAUUACCAAGAAAUCUUUGAUUCUUUGCCCUUUCAGGAGAAGAAGAGGAUGACGGAUAUUUUUGAUAAAAUUCCCAUGAGCGUUGCUGACGUAAUAGGAUUUUUCCAGUCAUUCUCGCCGUACCGACUUUAUCUGGAAGUCCAGCCUGAGGAGGCGAAAUCACUCCUCCAAAACACAGAGCGAAGGUUUCUGGAGACGAUGGGCGUUUCUUCUCGGGAUACCCAGCUGGAGUUGUGCACGAGGAACAUUUGCAUCUUGGGCUGCAAGAGCACCUGAGAGGAAUGUCAGUCUAAAUGCACAGGGCAGGGCACAUGCGUAGGAAAGCCAGAUUUGCACCCCAGAUCUAUCAGUCAUGAAGACAGCAGGUUGUGAUUCCAGUGUUCCAUUGAUUUCAAGGAGAGUGGGAACAAGAUGCUAUCAAAGGGCCAGGAGUCCUGGGUUCAAAUCCCCAUUCAUCUAUUGAAGGUCACUGGGUGGUGGCUACCUCUGAAACUGGAGGUCGCUGUCAUCUUUUAUCUACUCCUCUCAUGUAGAAUCAUGUGCACUGAAGUUUAUCGUGUUAAGAAUCUUUUCAUUUGGUAUCGUAAUAAAACAGAACUGAGUUGAAUAGUGAA